UCGUUGAUUUCUCGCUCAGCCCACACAUGGUCGCCGUUGCAGUGUUGCGUCUGCUUCAAGUCGACGAUCUCUGGGCGACGUUCAAAGCGGCCCUGUAUCUGUGUCGCAUGGUGUGGUUUGCGUGCUUUGCGCUCACAACGACCAACGCAUUCCUCAAGCGGUACCACCUCGAGCGCUUCUUCCUCCAAGUCGACCCGACGCUCCAAAGUCUCUUUAAAAAAAUUCUCGGUCCCUUCUUAUGGUAUGGCACGGCCGUCGUCCCGAGCUUCUUGACGGCGUACCAGUACCUCCUUUGGUGUCUCUUCCCGACCACUUAUGCAUAUCGGAUCGAAGUCGCGAUCGUUGGCUCUGCUUACAUUGUGAUCAUUGCCAUGGCGCCGCUGCUCUAUGGCGCCGUGGGGCUCUGGCGCCGGCAGCGCCCGUCGAGCAUGCGCUACAGCAGCGCCGGCUACAACGCACUGACCAACCGCCUGCUCCUCUCGUACAUUCGACCGCUGCAUAUGCAGGACGAGCGGGGCCUUGGCGGCAGCAUUCAUGAGCUUUGUGAAGCAAACGCGCGCUACAAGGCACUGCCCGUCAUCAACACGGGCAGCUCGGACUGUUUUGUACUCUGCUACUGCAACCACCGACUCGAGGCCAAGCUCCGACUCAGUCUCCUCGAGUACCUCGAUCUGCAAAGCGACGAGCCUCAUCUUUGCGUUGACUCUGGCGUCUCGACGUUGCGCUUCAACGAGCUCGAGCUGCCGAGUCGACAAGCAUUCAACGAGAAACUCUCACGCCCGCGGCUGCUGCGCGCGCGUUCUCCAUCGCCGUGGUGCCUGUGA